UUUCCAAAAUACUUUCUUGAUUAUUAUUUGUAAUUAAUAAAGUUUGUUUCAAGUGUAUGUUAUAUUCUUUUCUGUAGUUUAAUAAUAAGCCAUAAUAGGUAAAUAAUGUAAAAUGGUGCAACCACAAUUCGCGUUGUCUUGGGAUUCAUACAAAACUAACAUCUGUGGCGGCUUUAGUGCUUUGCAGCAGAAUGGGGAGUUUGUUGACAUGACCCUGGCAGCUGAUGGCCAUCUUGUGAAGGUCCACCAAGUGUUGCUAGCGCUUGCUAGUCCAUAUAUCAAGGAACUGUUGGCUUCUGCCCCAUGUCAACACCCAGUUAUAUUUCUUAAUAAUGUAUCAUAUACAACAUUAUCACAUUUGCUGGAAUAUAUUUACACGGGAGAGGCACUCGUUCCAUCAGUCAAUCUUAAUGCAUUUGUAGAUGCAGCUAAAGCUCUACAUAUAAAGGGACUUGAAACUAUUGUUGGCUAUGACACACCAGUUACUAGUACAUCAACUAAACAAAGUGAUGAAAACAGUAAACAUGUGGUUUUUCCUGGGCUCAAAAGAUUAGUUUCUGCUAAUAAAGAUAUUUCUAUAGGACAGGAAAGCUUACCACUGAAUGCACGCAAGAUAAUAAUAAAACACAGUCAAACUGAAUCUCCUGUAACUAGAUCCAUGAAACAAAGUCCACAAAGUAGCAAUGUGAAGGAAGAUUCUCAAGUGUUCUCUGACUACGACAAUAUCGGUAACGACAACCAUGAUGACGACGACGACUACGCGGUUAUUACCAAAAAGAGAAACUUGGGGAAUAAUGUGAAAGUACAAGGGUCAACACCGAGCACGAAUUUACCACAAACUUCCAACACCAGUUUACAAUUUACAGUGUCAAUUAGAGGUUCCUUACAAGUUAUAUUGAACAGAUAUAUGUACAAUUUGAAUUCCACUCAGAACUCUGGCGUGAAACGAUGGCGUUGCAUUGAUUACAGGAAUAACAAAUGUACAGCCUUCCUCGUCACUAAGGGAAAUGUUGUAUUAAACAGGGCUAAUCCGCAUUGUCACUCGUACCAUGAUAAAAAGAUAUUGGCCAAAAUAGAGAAGCAUGCUGUCUUCUCAGCUCUGGACGACGCUGAAGGUUACAAAGAGAUGGAGCGUAAGAGAGAAGAAGAACAACAACAACAGCAAGAAGAAAUGGCAACCAUCAGUGAUGAUUAUAGUAUUCUACACACCAUUAAGAAAGUACAAAAAGACCCUAUUAAAAAUAACCAAUAAUAUAGUAAUUAUUUCUAUUUUGUAUUAAAUUU